UAUAAAUACCAGCUCCAAAUCUAGAGAAAUAGUUUGUUUGGCCAAUAGAUCGGAGAAGAAAUCCAUUACUGGAGUGAGAAAUCGGGAUAGAGAGGGGGAGGAGAGAUGUGCGGGAUCUUUGCGUACCUGAACUACAAUGUUGCGAGGGAGAGGAGAUACAUAAUGGAGGUCCUCUUCAACGGGCUGCGGCGACUCGAAUACCGCGGCUAUGACUCGUCGGGAAUCGCGAUCGACAAUGAUCUCUCUUCUGCUGCGGGGGAGGGGGAGCGGCCCUACGCCUCCGCGUUGCCGCUUGUUUUCCGGCAGGAGGGAAAGAUCGAGUCGCUUGUUAGAUCGGUCUACUCAGAAGUGGAUGCUAUGGGUUUGGACCUAGAGAAGUCAUUUAUGGUUCAUGCUGGGAUUGCCCAUACAAGAUGGGCUACUCAUGGUGUACCUUCUCCAAGGAACAGUCAUCCGCAAUCAUCGGGCUCAUGGGAUGAGUUCUUGGUUGUUCAUAAUGGUAUUAUAACAAAUUAUGAGGUAUUGAAGGAGACAUUAAUUCGACAUGGUUUUACAUUCGAAUCAGAUACUGAUACUGAAGUUAUACCUAAGCUUGCCAAAUUUGUUUUCGAUCAAGCACGUGGAGGAGAUCAGUCUGUCACUUUUAGCCAAGUCGUCAUAGAAGUUAUCCGGCAGCUUGAAGGAGCAUAUGCACUUAUAUUUAAGAGUUCACACUAUCCAAAUGAGUUAAUUGCAUGCAGGCGCGGUAGUACCCUAAUUCUGGGUGUGAAGGGUCUAACUGACGAAAAGAGCUAUGCGGCAUCAUUUGGUGAUGUUAAAACCCUUACAGCUGAUGGUCAGCCCAAGGAACUAUUUUUCUCUAGUGAUUUGUGUGCAAUUGUGGAACACACCAAAAAUUAUUUGGCUAUUGAGGAUAAUGAAGUGGUGCACCUUAAGGAUGGAAGUGUCUCAGUUCUGAAGUUCGAUUACAGUAAGGAAAAGCCAGCAUCUGUGCAGCGUGCAUUAUCUGUUCUUGAGAUGGAAGUUGAGCAAAUAAAGAAAGGAAAUUAUGAUCACUUCAUGCAAAAAGAGAUUCACGAGCAACCCCAUUCUUUAACUACAACAAUGAGGGGAAGACUUAGAGAUAAAAGCGUUGUUUUGGGAGGUCUCAAGGAUCACCUAAAGACAAUCAGGCACAGCAGGAGAAUUAUAUUCGUUGGUUGUGGUACAAGCUAUAAUGCAGCUUUGGCUGCAAGACCGUUUCUGGAAGAGUUGUCAGGAAUCCCUGUUACUAUGGAGCUUGCAAGUGAUUUGCUGGACCGCAAAGGCCCAAUUUACAGAGAGGACACAGCAGUAUUUGUUAGUCAAUCUGGAGAAACUGCCGACACUCUUCUUGCACUUGAAUAUGCUCUAUCAAAUGGGGCACUUUGUGUUGGCAUAACGAAUACUGUUGGCAGUACACUAGCAAGGAAAACACACUGUGGUGUCCACAUAAACGCUGGCUGUGAGAUUGGCGUCGCUAGUACAAAAGCAUACACCAGUCAAAUUGUUGUAAUUACCAUAAUGGCUUUGGCAAUCGGAGCUGACAGCAUAUCCACACAAUCAAGAAGAGAAUCAAUUAUAAACAGUCUGUCUGAUCUACCCGAUAAGGUUAGAGAGGUUCUACGCCUUGAUAAUGAAAUGAAAGAUCUUGCCGAAUCAUUGAUGCAAAUGCAAUCAUUGCUUGUAUUUGGAAGAGGUUAUAAUUAUGCCACUGCACUUGAGGGUGCUUUGAAGGUAAAAGAAGUAGCACUCACGCACAGUGAAGGCAUGCUUGCUGGUGAAAUGAAACACGGACCAUUGGCGCUUGUGGAUGAAACUCUUCCAAUCAUUGUUAUUGCCACUCGAGAUGCUUGUUUCAGCCAACAACAAUCGGUAAUUCAACAACUUCAUGCUCGCAAAGGUCGUCUGAUAGUAAUGUGCUCCAGUGGAGAUGCAGCAUCUGUAUGUUCUGGUGGUUCUUGCAGGCUAAUUGAAGUUCCUUUGGUUGCAGACUGCCUCCAACCAGUAAUCAAUAUAAUUCCAUUGCAGCUGCUAGCCUACCAUCUGACAGUGUUACGAGGAUAUGAUGUGGACCAACCUAGGAAUCUUGCCAAGAGUGUAACCACACAAUGAGUAAUAAAUCCAUAACUUCGCGUUUGUGUUAUUUGUAGAAUUUAAUUUAAUCAGGUUUUAGUUAUAUCUUGGAUUUCUUAAGUUCAGUUGAUAGUCUUCGAUUUAUGGUAGGGUAGGGGAGAAUUCUCUUUUCUUGCUGAUUAUUUUAUUAGUAAUGCUAUAUUACCAAAAUAAAUAAAUAAAUAAAAAGAUUGUUAAUCUCA